AUGGACUUCAUGAUGAACGCCCUCAGAGAACGGGUGUCUAACGACCUCGAUGACUUGGUCCAUCGAACUAAUUCGCCAUUCACUGCAUUCGUCACUUUGUUCCCCCUUCCAUCGAAGUUUCAUAUGUCGCAGGUGGAGAGUUACAACAGAUCCAAGGACACCCUAGAUCAUUUGGAGUCUUUCAAGACCCUGAUGCACCUUCAAGGAGUAGCAGACGAGAUCAUAUGUAGGGCCUUCCCCACUACGCUGAAGGGUCCCGCAAGGAUUUGGUUCAGCAGGUUGACGCGCAACUCCAUUGGUACCUUUAAGGAGUUAAGCAUCCAGCUUGCCUCGCACUUUAUCGAGGGGCACAGAUAUAAGAAGUCUACUACAUGCCUAAUGAGAAUUAAGAAAUGGGAGAAUAAGACGUUGAGGUUUUACAUAGCCCGCUUUAACAAAGAGGCACUCUCAAUCGAUGAAGCUGACGACAAGAUACCCAUGGCCGCAUUCACGAAUAGGUUACGAAAGGGUAAGUUCCUAUUUUCUUUAUAUAAGAACGAUCCAAAGACCAUGUUAGAUGUACUCUACAGGGCUACGAAGUACAUGAACGUGAAAGACGCACUACUAGCCCGAGAAGAGAAGCCUAAGAAAAGGGAAAAGCAAGAGGACGUACAACAUGAUAGUGGGCGAAAGAUGGCUAGAAUCGGAGAACGACGAGAUGAUAGGCGCUCCAAGCCCCUUAUAAGGAGGUUAACAAACUUCACCCUGUUGACUGCCUCGAUCGACCAAGUCUUGAUACAAAUCAAAGAGGAAGGAGCCUUGACAUUUCCCAGCAAGUUAAAGAGAAAUCCUAAUAAGAGGUCCAAAGACAAGUACUGCUGCUUCCACCAUAACCAUGGUCAUGACACAGCCGACUACUACGACCUGAAGCAGCAAAUAGAAGCUGUUAUUAGACAAGAAAAUUUGCAAAGGUUCGUUAGUAAAGAAAAAGUGGACCUACAACAAGAACAGGUUGCUCGACAGGAGAACGAGCGUCCAAGGCUGCCCAUAGGAGAUAUAAGAAUGAUUGUAGGAGGCACAGCGGCCUCUAGUUCGUCCAGAAAGGCUUGA